CUCUCUCCUACCUUCCAAACACAAGUCAAUUCACACAGAACACGGUGAACAAAACGUCCUUGUUUUUCAAAGUCUGGUCAACAGAGAAUGGCGGACAGUGAAUUGAAUCUGGUUUACCAUGGUCUCCUGCUGCCUAAGGUAAUUCAUUCAGAGGAAAGUCUCAAAUACCUCCAGAAUUUCCAAUUCAAAGAUGACGAUGUCUUUGCUGUUACCUAUCCAAAAUCCGGUACCACAUGGAUGCAGGAAAUUCUUCCUCCGCUCCUGAAUGGAGGAGACCUGUCGUCCGUGGAAACCGUCCCUAACUGGGACAGGGCUCCAUGGCUGGAGGAAACACGAGCUUCAGUGGUCCUCGAUAAACUCCCUUCACCACGAGCCAUUGUCUCCCACAUGCAGUAUAAUUUGAUGCCUUCCUCCUUUUUCAAGUCAAAGGCCAAGGUAAUCUAUGUCGCUCGGAAUCCUAAAGAUGUUAUAGUCUCGUCAUACCACUUUCAUAAAAUGGCCACGUUCCUUGAAGACCCAGGAACAUUUGAAGAAUUCACCAACAAAUUCCUGUCAGGAAAAAAUGUGUACGGAAAGUGGACCGACCAUGUGAAAAGUUGGCGAAACCCUGAGCUCGGUGACAGAAUUCUGUACAUCACCUAUGAAGAAAUGCUUCAGGACCUUCGUGAGGUCCUGGGUCGGAUUUUAAAAUUCCUUGGUCGGGAGCUGAGCGCAGAGGCUCUGGAUCGUGUGGUCAAUCAUGGCACUUUCAAAAAUAUGAAAACAAACAAAAUGUCAAACUACUCUCUGGUGCCAGAAGAUUUUAUGGACACCAAGAAUUCACACUUCCUCAGAAAAGGUAUCGCUGGAGACUGGAAGAACCACUUCAGCCCUGAGCUUGAUGCCAAGUUCACAGCUGUAAUUCAAGAGGAGAUGAAAGGAAGUAACAUCAGAUUCCCGUGGGAUGAGGAAUGAGUGAAUCUCUUGUCCUGACAUCUCGGUGCACCUCAAAAUAAACAGUCAUAGAUGGAACAUGUGAUUGUUUAAUUCACUUUGUGUUGAUUCAAGUUUAUUGCAGCAACGUCCUCUGCUGUCCUGAAGCUAUGUUCGAAUUGUUCAAGAAGAUGAUAAGUCGUUAAGGUGUAAGACAGUUUCGGGUUUUUGCAACAUAACAGUGAGGAUGCAACAUUCAACAUCAGUUUUGUGUCACUGAGGGAAGUUGCAAGCUCAGGCACAGUAAUAUGUAAUUAAUUAUUUUGUGAUCACAAAAUGAUGAGGUGUAUUUUUGAGAAGGACUGCUUUUGACAGUGAAAUAUUACUUGAAAAUAUAAUGUUUUUCCACAGUGAAAUAUAAUUUAUCUAUCAUUUUUCAUUUAUCUAAUCAGGGUAACCCAGCAUCUAUUUCCUCAUGGUUUUGCAUUAAGCAUAAGAAAUAUUUCAGUAUACCUACAUAUAA